GUCUGCGUGUUUCCGGAAGACGUGGCGGCUUUCCCCUGGGCUGUUUCCCGGCUUCAUUACUCCUGAUUUUGCUUCGCAUCCUGGGUUGCUCGAGCUGCCGUCGUCGCUGUCCUCCCGACUGCAGCCAUGAUCUCCUUAACAGAUACCCAGAAAAUUGGAAUGGGAUUAACAGGAUUUGGAGUGUUUUUCCUGUUCUUUGGAAUGAUUCUCUUUUUUGACAAAGCACUACUGGCUAUUGGAAAUGUUUUAUUUGUGGCUGGCUUGGCUUUUGUAAUUGGUUUAGAAAGAACAUUCAGAUUCUUCUUCCAAAAACAUAAAAUGAAAGCCACAGGAUUUUUCUUGGGUGGAGUAUUUGUAGUCCUUAUUGGUUGGCCUUUGAUAGGCAUGAUCUUCGAAAUUUAUGGAUUCUUUCUUUUGUUCAGGGGCUUCUUUCCCGUGGUCAUUGGCUUCAUUAGGAGAGUGCCAGUCCUUGGGUCCCUCUUAAAUUUACCCGGAAUUAGAUCAUUUGUAGAUAAAGUUGGAGAAAGCAACAAUAUGGUAUAACAACAGUGAACUGAAGACUCACUUAAAAUAUUGUAUUAUUUAUAAAAUCCUUUGAAGAAUAUUCAGCACAAAAUUAAAUUACAUGAAAUAGCUUGUGAUGUUCUUUACAGAAGUUUAAAAUGUAUAUCUACAAAGUACCACAGCAGAUAACAAAGAAGCAAUGGAAAUAGGCUUCUUAAUCAGGUGAUCUAAGAAGUCAGCAAGAAAACUGAAGGAGAUGAAGUCUGUUACAAUGCAUAGUGAUAUUCUUGACCUAAGAAGUCAGCAAGCAAACUGAAGGAGAUGAAAUCUGUUACAAUGCAUAUUGAAGCUCUUUCUACAAUGUGUAAAACACAACCAUCAUUAGAGAGCUAUGGUGCCUGACUCUUUUGUUUUUAUUUUGAAGGUUCAGGAACACCCACCCAUAGGCAUUUGCUUUUUAGAAAUGUCUACUGCAAUUGAAAAAAUAUUUCCAGUGUUACAGUGUCCCCAAAAGUGAUGCAUGAGUUAGACUGGAUUACAUGAUUGGAUUAUGUUAUUUUAUUGUAUUAAAACCAAGGAAAACCCAGUUUUGAUGUAUGAAUCACUUUUUUUUGGUAAACAUGUGGUGAAAAUAAAACUUUUGUGAUUCUUUUGAAUCAAUAUUUUAAAGCCAGCUGAAAAUCUGAAGUAGGUAUUCUCUGUUGGAAUAUGCAAAGAUCAUUCUUUACUAGCUUGAUUUCUAAAUUAUAGCUGACUAAGCACAUCUUGGGUCAGCAACAUGCUCUGGAAAUACUCUUCUUAGGAGUCUAAGACUGCAUCUGUAUCUUUCAUUACAUGUAGGCAUUUAACAAAAAAAAUUCUUGGCCAUGAAGUAGUCUAUUACAUAGCUUGUCGUAUUGAGUAGUCUUUUAUUUAAGAUAUAAUUGAUGCAAACCAAAUGGAUUUUCCAUGUCAUGAUGUAGU